CCCACCGACAUUUUGGGAGUCAGAAUAUAAAUAUUGUUGUUGUGUAUUUUUGGUGUGCUUAAUUAAUAUGGUUCACACGUGCGUGGUGGCUGGGUGUCGGAACAGGAGGACCCCCGGUACCGCUUUAUCCUUCUACAGGUUUCCACGCGAUCCGGAGAGGAAGCAGCGCUGGAUUGCUGCUGUGAACCGUAAGGGCUGGGUGCCAAACGAGGGCAGCAGACUCUGCAGUAACCACUUCAUUUCAGGUAGUCUAUUAUAAGAAAGUUGUCUAACGCAUGCUCAAUCCACAGGUGAUCGGUCAUCCAUCAUUUCAUAACUGAUCAUGUGUAAACAAGUGAAGAAUCCUAGAUCUCCAGACUACAUCCCAUCAGUUUUCACCUCUGCUACACUAUCCCCAAACACUGAAGAAGCAAAUGCUUUUGAACCGUUUGACAAACAAGAAGCACAAGUUGAAGCUGCAAACGCCUUGCUUUUCCUUCAAGGUCAGGGACAUUCUAGUGAUGGACGUAACCCAUGUCAAGCUGAGCCUGAAAGCACAUCGUCUUGUCUGAACAGUGACGAUGAAAUAAAAGACGGCGAAGGGACGGAAGAAAUCGUGUUAGAGAGUGAAAACGAGAGCGAAGGAGAAGAGCCCGAGAGAAAGAGUUUGACGAAGUCUGUCGUCUAUGAGGCCAAAGUAAAUGCCCUGAAGAAAGAGAAUAUGAAACUGAAGGAGUCCUUAGAGAAGAUGUCUCUCACCGAAGCCUCUUUUAAGAACGAUCCAGAAAAGGUUCAGUUCUACACGGGAUUACCGAACUAUUUUGUCUUCGAGACAGUAAUGUGGCUCCUUGUGCCGCAUAUGAAAGGGGACACAAAUGCAAAGCUUUCGAAGUUCCAGCAAUUACUUUUGACUUUAAUGAGACUUAGGCUUGAUCUUAGGAAUCAGGACUUGGCUUACCGUUUUGGAGUUAAAGUUUCCACAGUAACCAGGACUGUUCAUCGAAUCAUCAACGUAAUGUUUACAACGCUGGUCCCCACUGCUGUAUUCUGGCCGUCUAGACUGGAACUCCGGAAAAACUUACCAGAAGCUGUGAAGCGGACGCAUCCAGACUGCGCUGUGAUUAUAGACUGCUUUACAGCGUCGCUUGAAAAAGCAGUCAGUAUAGAUACGCAUCGUCAAGGCGCGAGAGCAACGAGAGACGUGACCGCUCCAUCAUCACAGUCUGCUUUUAUCAGUGAGCUCAAAUAUGUCAUCGGUGUUGCCCCCCAGGGGGCGGUCAUGUUCGUCUCCAGAGGAGCGCCCGGCAACAUUAGCGAUAAGACUCUGGUCGAGAGUUGUGGUCUCCUUCAUAAGCUCCUGCCUGGAGAUGUGGUUCUGGCUGAACGUGAUUUUGACAUUAAGGACUUGGUAGGAGCUCACAGAGCUGAGCUCACGAUCACUACAAGCGAACGUCACGAGAUUGACCAGAGAAACCAGGACACAAGAGACGAGGCUUUACUGGUUUCUACAGAAAGAAUGAACGUGUAUAGGCAUGUGGAGCGGGUGAUACAAAUGGUCAAAAAGAGAUAUUCUAUGCUGACUGGACCAGUAGAGAGCGCUUUUACAGUCAUAGAUCGUAGCACCAAUGUGACCACUUUUGACAAGAUGGUACAGGUUGCAUGUGCCUUAAAUAACCUGUGUAUUUCUGCUGUUCCACUUGAUUGACUGGCAUCCUAGAAUGUGGAAAACAUCAGAAGGAUACAUAACAUUUCUCAAGGGAUCACAGUUAAUAGGGUUUUCAUGUUUACGCAUAACAUAUUGUAGCUAUUUCAAUUGUUUCCGUUUAUAACGAGCCUUUUAUCAUGUGAUGUUAGUAUGAGCGGGUAAAGGCUGCACAUUGCAUGUAAAGCCUAACUUGUCAUCUAUCUAAAUCACUAUCUAACUAUGAACCGUUGACAGCUGGCACAUGGAUCACAGUAAAAAAUAUUCAUUCUCUAACUGGAACUUGUCUUAUAGUUUCUGGCAACGAAGUGCACCUGAAAUUAAAUUCAGCCACAGAAUGUGUUUGCAAUCAUUUGUUAGUUAUUUGUGAAAUAUUUAAAUGCUUUUCAUGCCUAGGAUUUUUUUUUUUUGCAGCACUGUUUUAUUUGAAUUAUCUCAAGGAGCAAACUGUUUAAUGCCACUCCCGUAAGUAUAAUCCGUAACUGAGUUUAGGCCUUGCGAGUGGGAUUAGUCAGAGUCAGUGUGAUUAAACAUUAUAUGUAUAGUUUGAUUUAAACAUAGAAUGCUAAUGUUCAGAUAGCUCCUUUAUUGAAUAAGCACUAUAGCUCUAUAGUAGGCUCUGUAGCUAGGAAAGAUAGCUGUUCUCGUGUACUAGUGCCUCAGCCCGGUGGUUCUCAGAGUGGUGUCUGGUUUGUUUACAGUGGCAGAAAUCACUAUUGUCAAUGCUAUUACAUUUAUCACUGACUUAUUAUAGUUUUAAGUACGGCUGGGUGAUAUGACAAUAUCAUACCACGAGGACAUUUCUACAAUACACAUUACAUAUCACGAUAUAUAUCCAACAAACUGUCUGCAAAACGAUAGUAAAAUAAACACACACACAAAAAAAAAAACGUUAAAUUGAGUUUGAGGAUAGUUUUCUUUAAUGCCUACAAAGACAAAGAAGAUUAAGUUUAAAAAAAAAAACUUGACAUCCAUUCGGUACCAUUUAAUUUGUAAUGAUUAAAAACGUUUCAAAUGUUUGGUUUUUUUUUUAAAAACAUCACCAUACCAACAAUAUCUCAGAAAAGUAUAUCGCGUAAUCAUUUAUCACGAUAAUUAUAUUAUAUCGAUAUAUCGCCCAGCCCUAGUUUAGGUAGCUCAAGCUGUAAUGUUGACUUGGACCUAACGUCGUAUCUUAUUGGAAAGUUCAGGAAUAAAAAGCUCUGUGGCGCCAAUAAAUAGCCAAGAUAUGGUACAUAGUGAAUGGUUGAAUGACAUUCAUAAAAUUAAUCCCCGACUACAAAAAGUUUAUAAAGGCUAUACAGUAUAGUGAAAAACAGCUAUUGUUGUCAAGCUGUUCUGCUUUAGCACCAAGCUGCCAGUAAGACCAAAGGUAAUGCUGCAUAAUAAGUUAUUAUUUGUAUUGUUAUUCCUUAGAAAGGCACUAAUGCACUAUUUCAUAGUAUUUACGCUGGAUAUGGUGUAUAAACCUUAUGCAUCAACAUAUGAUCAUUAGCUGCACAUUAUUAGCAUUGCCUUGUGUUCUGACAUGGCUAAGCCCCAUCACUGCAUUUUCCUCUGGUGUUUGUAUGACUGCUAAAAAAAAAUAUAUGCUGCACUCAGAGAUCUUAUGAUGCUGUGCAGAAUCCAGUAUUGCAUACGGUUAAUGUAUAUGUGUUUGUAGCGCAUAGAUUUUGCACAAAUUAUACAGUGUGGUCCAAAAGUCUGAGACAGCAUUGAAAACCUGGGAUUUGUUUGCAUUUAAAACUGGAAAUAAACAAAGAUUUAGAAUAAUCUGAAAAGGAAAAAAAAAAAAAGAAAGAAAAAAGGAAAUGUUCAAUAGCUUGUUUAUGCAAUAUUCAACAUGCUGCACAAUUUCUAUGCCGCUAUUUCAAUUUAAGCGUCCAGCGAUUUUCUGUACCGCUUGUCCUACAGGGUCGCAGGGAACCUGGAGCCUAUCCCAUGGGGCACAAGGCGGGGUACACUCUGGACAGAGUGCCAAUCCAUCACAGGACACAAUCAUCCACAUUCACACACCCAUUCAUACGCUACGGACACUUUGGAUGUACCAAUCAGCUUACCGUGCAUGUCUUUGGACUGAAGGAGGAAACCCCCAAAGCAUGGGGAGAACGUUCAAGCUCCGCACACGCAGGGCUGCGGUGGAAAUCGAGCUCUCAACCCUGAAGGUGUGAGGCAAACGAGCUAACCACUAAACCACAGUGUUCCCUAAAAUUAAGCAGAUGUGUCAUAUUGACCAUGUUAACAUCUAAGUGCAAAAGGUCAGAUUUUCCGUGAGUCUCAUCCCUUCCACUGACACUCUGACGGAUUUGGUGCAUCAUGGAUCAUGGUUUUGCACAAACUUGAGUCUGUGUCAGUUUGAGUGCAUAUUAUUUGUAAUGAAAACCUUUGUAUUAAAUUAGAAAGCCAAAGAGAAGCAUUUUGACUAGUGGUCUCAGACUUCAAAGGCAUUUGCACAAUUGUUGUUGUUUUUUUUUUUUCCUUCUCUCACUUUAUGUUGAUUUGUUCAGCAGGUAUGUGUAUGGAGACACUGCUCUACCCUAAUGUACCAUCCUGCACGUUAAAUAUACCUUGUAAAAUGAAACUCGCAACAAAAUCAUUCAGAUGGUUUCUCUCUUUUUUUAAUACUAUUUCUAAUUACCAUUGUGAUUGACUCUGAUUUCUUUUUUGUGCUACUUUAGUUUAAGCUCCAAGUUAUGAGUAAGUACAUUGAACAUUAAGAAACGUUUUGUUAAACCAGUGGAACAUCUGUAGUUCUUUGAAUUAAUCACCAUCACACAAUUACUGGCCAAUUAUCCCAAGCGUGGUGAUAGAAUAGAAAUAAUGCGUGCAAUUAUAUAGUACUAUAUAUAUAGUAGUAUAUAUAUUCUGAUCGAAUAGAAAUAAUAGCGUGCAAUUCUCUGUUGAAAUUGUCUCACUCCUUUUAGUGUAUAUA